UUAAUUUUAGAACAGAAGUUUGUUUUGAGUUAAUGUAACCCAAAAUGUUUUUGUUUUGUAAGACUGUAAACGUGUCACAUUCUCUGACACAUUGCACAAUCUUUCCAGUUUUCUCUUCACAAGUUUUAUCUCUGUUUAUCAAAAGUUCGCUCUUGGUUUUAUAGCAUUUGUUUUGGAACUCAUUGUCAUGGUGGUUCUGCAAAUUCAUCAGUUCAAUGGGUUCGUUAGUUCCGUAUCAAGGGCUCAGACAAACCAAGGAAGAAGGAGAGCUUCGACGACAGUGUGCGUUCAAACACAAUUGGCUCCCUCUCUUACACAGAAGAUAAUGGAGAGUAUUUCAGUUGGUGGAGAAGCUGGAGGUGCUGGUGGUGCUUACUCUUAUAAUGCCUUGAAGAGACUUGACAAUAUUUGGUCCAACAUAUGUACUCAACCAACAGGACCACAAGAAACUCAGCAAAUUGUUUCUAGGGUAUCUGGUUUUUCUCAAGAUUAUAGUAUGGGGAAUAAUCUCGUUGGAACCUUUGACAUAGUGGUUUGUGGGGGUACUUUGGGGAUUUUUCUAGCCACGGCUCUAUGUGCCAAGGGUUUAAGAGUCGCUGUGGUGGAGAGAAAUGCAAUCAAAGGGAGAGAUCAAGAAUGGAAUAUCUCAAGAAAAGAGAUGAAAGAACUGACUGAAGUCAGAGUUUUAACCGAAGAUGAGAUCGAAGAAGUAAUUGCUGCAAAGUUCAAUCCGAACAGAUGUGGAUUUGAGAAUCUUGGUGAUAUAUGGGUUGAAGAUAUUCUUAACCUCGGCGUUUCCCCAGCCAAACUUGUGGAAACUGUAAAACAACGUUUCAUUUCUCUUGGUGGAGUCAUUUUAGAAGACUCCAGCCUCUCGAGCAUCGUCAUCUACAAUGAUUUAGCUGUUAUGCAACUUUCUAAAGGUGACACAUUAUCUUCCCGUCUCGUUAUUGAUGCCAUGGGAAACUUUUCUCCUAUUCUGAAGCAGAUCAAACGUGGUAGAAAGCCAGAUGGAAUGUGCCUUGUUGUUGGAUCUUGUGCUCAUGGGUUUAAAGAGAACUCAUCAAGCGACGUUAUAUAUAGCAGUUCAUCGGUGACCAGAGUUGCAGAUUCCAAUGUACAACUCUUUUGGGAGGCUUUCCCGGCUGGCUCUGGUCCAUUAGACCGCACUACUUACAUGUUCACUUACACUGAACCGCAAUCAACAUCUCCGAGUUUAGAGGAUUUACUCGAAGAAUACUGGAAACUGAUGCCAAAAUACCAAGGAGUCUCUCUUGAUGAAUUGGAAAUACUGAGAGUUGUAUACGGAAUCUUUCCUACAUACCGAAAUAGUUUCGUACAAUAAUACUGCUGCAUUCUGACAUAUCUAACCCUGUUGGAUUGGACUUGUCACCAGUCCGUUGCCAGCUGCAUUUGAUCGUGUUCUACAGUUUGGUGAUGCUAGCGGUAUUCAAUCACCUGUUUCAUUUGGGGGUUUUGGAAGUUUGACCAGACACCUUGGAAGAUUGUCCAAUGGAAUCUAUGACGCAAUAGAUGGAGAUCUUCUGGACUCUGACAGCUUAUCAAAGCUAAAUCCUUAUAUGCCAAACUUGAGCGCAUCAUGGCUGUUUCAAAGAGCAAUGUCUGCAAAGCAACAGCUCGAUGUUUCCCGUGGCUUCACCAAUGAGCUUCUCCAUGUAAAUUUCAGUUGCAUGCAGAGAUUGGGCGAUCCAGUUCUCAGACCAUUUCUUCAGGAUAUAAUACAGUUUGGUCCUCUAGCAAAGACAUUAGGCCUUGUCAUGCUGACCAAACCUCAGAUAAUUCCGUCAAUAUUCAGACAGGUUGGGAUACCUGUUCUGCUUGAUUGGUCUGUUCAUUUUUUCAUGCUGGGCUUGUAUACGCUCCUCUCGGCAUACAUCGAUCCAUUGCUAAGGCCGUCUUUGGAAGGACUUCCCUCAAAGACGAGGUUCGAGUGGAAGAGAUGUCUCGAGGCCUGGAAAUAUGGAGCUGGCCUCGAUUAUGAGUUGUGAUUCUGUUCGUAUUUCUGAAGAAUGGUACCCUCAUCGUCACUGGCUUUUUGAAAGAAUAAAAGUUCAUCAGAUAUCAACAUCUAGUACUUCAUAAGCUUCAUAAAUGUCUGGCUCAUAUACACAGAAUCAACAUCUCAAUCCUUAGAUUUGAUUCACAGGGUUCUAGAAAACUCCUUCAAUAUCAGUUUAUACACACCUACAUUCGAAAAGCUUUGUUCUAUGAACAGACAAAUUUAUAGUAAUUUAAUACACCAAAAGCGUCGAGCUUUGUUUUCUUU